AUGGAAAGCUUCCAGCAUGCACAGACCAUGGCUUUUGCAAUAAAUGAGAUCAAUAAGAAUCCCAAUCUGCUGCCCAAUAUCACUCUUGGUUACCACCUUUAUGACAAUUGUGUGAUGCUAGGAAUGGCGUUCCGAGCUGCUAUAUCCCUUGUUAGUGGGAGAGAAAGGUCAUCCUCUAACCUUAAUUGUACUGGCCCUCCUCCCGUGAUUGGGAUUGUAGGGGAUCCAAGUUCAACUCCAUCCAUUGCAAUUUCCAGUGUUCUGGGGCUAUUUCGAGUACCUAUAGUCAGUCACUAUGCCACCUGCUCAUGUUUAAGUGACAGGAAAAAGUACCCCUCUUUCUUCAGAACAAUCCCCAGUGAUGCCUUCCAGGUGCGGGCUAUGGUUCAGAUCUUGAAGCAUUUUGGAUGGACCUGGGUUGGUCUCCUCUACAGUGAUGAUGACUAUGGUAUCUAUGCUGCUCAGUCUUUUCAUCAGGAAAUGCAGAUAUCUGGGCUUUGUGUUGCUUUUUCUGAAAUUCUGCCCUAUGAUAACAACCCCAGAAACAUUCAGCAUAUAACAGGAGUGAUUCAGGCAUCCACAGCUAGAGUGGUUGUUGUUUUUUCUCCUUCGUCCCUAGUAAUAUCUUUGAUGGAAGAAGUGGUGUUGCAGAACAUGACAGGCAAACAGUGGAUUGCAAGUGAAUCUUGGGCCACUUCACCUGUGUUUCACACUUCAGAUGCUAUUGAGUGCAUGGUUUGUCCAGUUGAGUUCUGGUCCAGUCCAAAUAAGGAUCAAUGUGUCCCUAAAGAAGUGGAGUUUCUAUCCUAUGAGGAUCCUUUGGGCAUCUCUUUGACUACUGCUUCCCUGCUUGGCACCUGUUCCUGUGCUCUUGUGAUGGUCAUUCUUGUGCAUCACCGCAACACUCCCAUAGUGCGUGCCAACAAUUCAGAGCUCAGCUUCCUGCUGCUUUUGUCACUCAAACUGUGUUUUCUGUGUGUGCUGCUGUUCAUUGGCCAGCCACAGUUAUGGACAUGUCAGUUAAGACAUGCUGUGUUUGGCAUAAGCUUUGUCCUGUGUAUCUCCAGCAUCCUAGUCAAGACUAUGGUGGUAAUAGCUGUGUUCAAGUCUUCUUAUCCAGAGGGGAAGGAUGCAAUAAGAUGGUUUGGAGCUGCUCCACAAAGAUGUACUGUUCUGGUCCUAACUGCCAUACAGGUUGUGAUAUGUGCAAUCUGGCUAUCAACUGCUUCUCCAACACCCCAUAAAAAUAACCUGUAUAUCCGGUCUAUUAUAGUCUAUGAAUGUGCUAUUGGCUCAGUGGCUGGUUUUUCUAUGCUGCUAGGAUACAUUGGACUUUUAGCAACAGUAAGCUUCCUCUUAGCCUUCCUGGCAAGAAAUCUUCCAGAUAAUUUUAAUGAAGCAAAGUUCAUCACUUUUAGCAUGUUAAUAUUCUGUGCUGUGUGGAUUGCAUUUGUUCCAGCAUAUGUAAGCUCACCAGGGAAAUAUGCAGUGGCUGUGGAGAUUUUUGCCAUUUUAGCUUCAAGUUUUGGUUUACUGGUGGCCAUAUUUGCCCCGAAGUGUUACAUCAUCCUUUUACAUCCAGAGAGAAACACUAAAAAAGCAAUCAUGGGAAGACAAACAAAAUAA